CUCGAUCAGCUCCCAGGAUCCACAGGUGAUACAACCCAAGCCAGUUCUCACGGCCUUCUCCCUGUCUCGCCUAUGCAGACAGGAACAAAAGCACACAGCACGGUGACACAACCAAAGCUCGCCUCCCACUGUCUCUCGCUCACUCCCGCCACCAACGCAUUAGUAUAAAUACUCGGCGACGAAACCGCUCUCGUGUCCCGUCGUCGUAUCAGCCGAAAGCACGAGAGCAUCAACGUCAGGCAGACCGAGCUCCAUCAAUGGCGCCUACCAGCAGCACCGAACCUGCACCAGUCAAGCACAUCACCCUGCACCACUUCCUGAAGCAGCAGCUGCUGCAGCAGCACCGACUCAAGCCCGCCGUGAUGUGGGGCUGGCCGGCGGCUGCGGCCGCUAUCGGGCGGCACGCGCCUGAGGAUGCCGCGGACGACGACGACGGCCUGGGCGGGGCGUGGCCGCCGCGGUCGUACACGUGCGCGUUCUGCCGCCGCGAGUUCAGGUCCGCGCAGGCGCUGGGCGGGCACAUGAACGUGCACCGCCGCGACCGCGCCAAGAUGCGUGGCGGCCACCACGGGAGCGCCGCCGCGGCGAAGUCACAGCUCGAGGCCGCGGCGGCGCAGGUCACGGACGAGGCGCCACACGCCACCGCGGCGGCGACCAAGUACGCGGUGCUGUACCCGAUCCUGAACUCCAAUGCCGCCGGCGCCGUGCUCAUUCCCAGCGGGGACGUGCUGCUCUCCGCGCCCGUGGCGCUGGGCCCCGCGCACGACCGGUGCGAGGUGAGCGACGACGACGAGGCGGCGGAUGACAAGGACGUCGACCUGGAGCUGCGCCUCUGGUGGGCGUGA